AUGGACGACAACAAUAACAAUAUUUUCGAUGCUCUAGAAUCGCCAUCAUCUUCGACCAAUUCAGUCAGUGAUUUACAAAUGAAAUCAUCAACGAGCAUAUAUUCAUUGCGUCGUUCUCAUCUUCCAUUGAUGAAUGCAGGCAGCGGAAUGUAUUCAACUUCUCCUUCACCACCCGAACCCUCAUCACCGGGUGAAAUUCAGCGAAAAAAACGACGAGAUCGAGCAUUGCAUGAUCUCGGUUUUGCUAAUCCAGGUCCAAAAAAUCUAGUCAAUGUAGCAAAUGUACCACCGAGACGUUUGAAAACUCGUCAAACGUCAACUCAGGAUAAACCUUGUGCAAGCAAACCAUUGUAUGAUAAAUCAGGAUUACUCGCAUCCGAUCAAACCGAUCGUUGUGAUUGUAAUCGUUUUAAAUGUCCGGGAUGUUUUGUACCUUGUGCAAACUGUCAAUCGGCCAAAUGUGGUCUCGAAUGUCACGAACUUAUGCUCGUGCGGAAAUCGCAGGGUAAAAAGAAAUCAUCGACAGGUAUACCUCCUGUUAUUCCAUUAGACAGUAGUUUAACAUCAAUCGAAUGGCUACCGAAUAUGCAAAUAGGAGAAGGCUCGCCGGCGACAUCCAUGACUACAACGCCGUCGACAUCGACAGCAACAACAUUGCCGACAACACCUAUUAAACAAUCGUUACCUGUCACUAAUAAUUAUCAGCAAAAACUCGAAGCUGUCGACGUCGAAAUACCAACAACAACUGUUCAUGAUAAUGCUCACGUCAAACCUCCUUACAGUUAUGUAACACUAAUUCGUCAAGCUAUACUCAGUACGCGAAUGCAACGAAUGACAUUGAAUGAAAUUUAUCAAUGGAUUGUUGACUCGUAUCCGUAUUUUCGUACGGCACCACCUAAGUGGAAGAAUUCGAUUCGUCACAAUCUAUCAUUGAAUAAAUGCUUUAAACGACUUCAAAGAAGUACCAAUGAUCCGGGCAAAGGUUCCUAUUGGGCAGUUGAUGAGUCAUCGGACAGUAGUAAUCAAAUCAAUUCUCGUAAACGAAAACUCGAGGAAAUCCAACCAUCGACUCAGAUAUUUCCAUUAUCGCCUGCUGGUUUGAUUCAACAACCCCAUGGAUUUUAUACGAAUAAUAAUCCAAUGGUAUGUGGCGAUAUUUGCAGUGUCGGUGGACAAUCAUCAUCAACGGAUGAAUCGGAUUCAACAACGUCUCUGGCGAACAAUCACACUUUGAUUCCAUGGGAUGAUUUAAAUGUUGAUUUAACUGCAUCAUUUCGUCGAUUUCGUGAGCAAGUUUUAGAUGCUCCGAAUUCACUAUCCACAACCAAUCCUGAUCUUUCGGCUGCUAAUCCGAACACGACAACGAACUGGAGUCAUGAUCUGUUUCCCAAUGGCGAAACCAAUAGUUUUUUCGAAAGUAUCAAAUUAGCAUCAAGCGGAGAAAUCAAUUGGCACGAAAUUGAUGUUAAACCCUAUUGCGAAUUUCUUGACGGUUUUCGAACAAACCCAGCAUUUCAACAAGACCGUGAUAAACUAAUCAAUCUUGCAUCAUCUCUUUCGUCCUUCUUUGACUAUACCGGAAUUACGAAUCUAGCACAAUCCCGAAUUGCAACUGACUCAUUUUCUGGUAAUCGACUACCUAUGACAUCUCACAACCUAACAUCCGAACCAACAAAUAAUCCAAUUUCACUGCCAGUUGUAAUGGAAGAAGAACCCGCUUUCGACUGGGAUUCAAUUACAUAA